AACUUGUAAAAUUUUAAUGGUCAUCAAUUGUUUUCAAAAUAGUUUGAUACUACUAUAUACAUUUUAGUCGUUUUACAUUCGAAAAUGAAAUCAACUACAAAGAGCUGAGCUCUAUCCAUACAAUGGGAUUUUAGAAACAGUGCGCAAGGAGAAAUUUCAGAAUGAAUACACAUGGUGUAACUCUACUCAUUUUCAGCUUUCUCUACGUUUUCUUAUACGUACACGUAAAAGCUGCUCCUCCAUUUGACUGUGAUUUUGAGAAGGGACUCUGUGGUUGGCAAGGUGAUAAACGUGGUAACUUUCAGUGGACAAGGGGUCGUGGAAGUAACAAGCCGUACAACACUGGUCCCACUGUAGACCAUACCCUUGGAACGAGCGAUGGAUAUUAUAUGUAUAUCCGGGCAAUACAACAAAAGAGGGGCCACAAGGCAAGACUCAUAAGCCCGGAUGUAGACGCAUCAAAGUCGCAGCAAUGCGUUUCCUUCUGGUAUCAUAUGAACGGCAAAGACAUAGACAGACUUAAUGUGUUUGUAACAAGGAGCCAGCGAAUACUAAAGUUAGGAACGAGACCAAAGUGGCAGAAAAAACGCAAUCAAGGAACAAAAUGGCUUUUUGCUACAAUGGAUAUUCCAAAACAAGCAACAAAACUCAAGGUUGUGUUCGAAGGAGUAGUUGGAAAGGGACAAAGAGGAGAUAUUUCCAUUGAUGACGUAACGAUUCAACCAACGUCUUGUCAAAACAGUAAAUAUUCAAACAUUCAACUUCAUAAUCCAGCUAUGAUGAUGAAUUACCAUUUUGGGAAAUUGAAUUAUGUAAACAAAAAAUCGUGUUCUUUUUAGCGAAGCAAAAGCCUUCCAGUGUCAACUGUGACUUCCAAGAUGUGACACUUUGUGGAUAUAUCAACGACCCAGCGGGUGAUUUUAAGUGGUCCAGACGAAAAGGCCCUGGUAGUAUAAGCGGCACAGGUCCGAGUAUCGAUCAU